UUCUCUCUCUCUCUCUCUUUCUCUGCUUUCUGCUCGGGAGCUCCUUGACGGCAAUGGCGGUGCGGGCCAGCUUCGAGAAUAACAACGAGAUCGGCUGCUUUGCCAAGCUCACGAACGCUUACUGCCUGGUGGCCAUCGGGGGUUCAGAGGGCUUCUACAGUGUGUUUGAAGGGGAGCUUUCGGAUACCAUCCCUGUAGUUCAUGCUUCAAUUGCCGGAUGUCGAAUCAUUGGCAGAAUGUGUGUGGGAAACAGGCAUGGCUUGUUAGUCCCAAACAAUACCACGGACCAGGAGCUUCAGCACAUCCGAAACAGUCUUCCAGACUCCGUACGAAUUCAGCGAGUGGAAGAGCGCCUCUCUGCCUUGGGCAAUGUCACUACGUGCAAUGACUAUGUAGCACUUGUCCAUCCGGACAUUGACAGAGAGACAGAAGAGAUUUUAGCAGACGUACUAAAAGUGGAAGUAUUUAGGCAGACAGUAGCAGAACAAGUGCUGGUGGGAAGUUAUUGUGCUUUCAGCAACCAGGGAGGACUUGUGCACCCAAAGACUUCCAUUGAAGACCAGGAUGAGCUCUCCUCAUUGCUACAAGUCCCACUUGUGGCUGGAACUGUUAAUCGUGGCAGUGAGGUGAUUGCAGCUGGAAUGGUUGUGAAUGACUGGUGUGCCUUCUGUGGCCUGGACACAACCAGCACAGAGUUAUCUGUUAUUGAGAGUGUCUUUAAACUCAAUGAAUCACAGCCAAGUACCAUUGCUACUACUAUGAGAGAUUCUUUGAUUGACAGCUUGACAUGAUCUCCUGCUCCCUAACCACCACAGAAGCACUGAAGGCCAGAUUAUGAUCUUGAUUGCUCACUGAAGUAAAUGCUCUGUUUAUUACUCUGCAGACCUAGACCAGGAAGGGCAUACAACAAUCAGCAUUUCUAAACUACAAUGUUACAUUACUUCUGCUAAUAUGGCCUGCUUUCAUUAAUUCAUGAAAUAAUUUUCAAAUUGUGAGUGUAUGUUUUAGAAAAAUGUUUAAAAAUGUCAUUACAUGUAAUAAUGGUU